AUGCGUUUUCAUGUAAAUACUCAGUUAUCGUCGGCGAUGUUACGAUCAACGAGACUACCCGCUCGAAUCGCCCCUAUUCUCUCUCGAAAUUAUUGUACAAGUAGCAGUCUCAAACCUUUGACAUCUGAAGACAUCAGAGUAACAGAAAGAGCGCAACAGCGAUUGAAGGAGGUACUUUCACAAGGUGAACGAUUACGAGUGGAAGUAGACGGCGGUGGUUGUUCUGGGUUUGAGUACAAAAUUAAACUUGACAAAAAAUUGCAAAACGAUGACAGGCUGUGGAAACGGGAUAAUGUGGAAAUUGUUGUUGAUGAAGUGAGUUGA